ACCAAGGUCGUGGAUUGUUGUCGAGACUCGAUUUUUUACAUGCGGAACUACACAGUUGUUCUACACCAUAGGUAUGCAUCAUAUUCCAGUUUCCGAUACGCGGUUGCUUGUACUGCAAGUGCCAAAUGCAGCAAUACAUCAGCAUAUAACCGUUACUCACACAUGUAUGACGCAAAAACCCGCGACAUGAAUGACCAAAUACCGAUGCACAGUGCCUUGGAACCACUCAAAUGGCUAGUAGGAACGUGGCGCACGGAAAAACCUGCAUCCGGGCACUUCCCGACGAUCGAACCGUUCGAGUAUUGCGAGGAAAUCAAUUUUUCAUCGAUCGGCCAACCGAUGCUCAAUUAUACCGCUCAAAGCUGGCACCCCGUCAAGAAAUGCCCUAUGCACCGAGAAGUCGGUUUCCUCAAAAUUACUCCAAAGACGAACGACGUGUCGCUCCUUUUGACUCACAAUUUUGGAUUGUGCACCGUCGAGGAGGGAUGCGUUACCGAUCACGAAAUAGUACUCAAAAGUACCAGUAUUUCAAGGAAAACCGGCCCGUACAAAGCACCAGCUGUUUUAGAGAUUAAACGUGAAUUCAAAUUGGUGGGAGAUGCGCUUCAUCACACUCUUCACAUGGCUACGGAGAAAACGACAGAGCUAACUCCCCAUUUGGAAGCAGUUUACAAGAAGCAGUAAAAUUAACUCUCCGAAGGAAAUUUUUUCGUUAAUUCAUGUUACGAUAAAGAUAAAAGUCAUACAAGUGUAUAUAUUAUCUACCCUGUAUGCAUAAGACUUUGAUAGAUUUUUUUAAUUACUUACAAUAAAGCAUAAUUAAAUUUU